AUGCCUGCCGAAAAGCUCAAUCGGAAGUCCAAUUCAACGGAUGAAGAAACUCAACAUGUCAAAACUUACAAAUCUCCAGUCGACGGCAAGCCUAUCAAUAUAGUGGUAUCAAGUGAUGAGCUUGAUCCUUACAUGCUUCACGAUGAAUCUGUGGUUUUGGAUAAAAAGACAGACAGACGGUUGCUCUGGAAGAUCGACGCCUUCGUUUUACCCCUUGUGUGUAUCUUAUAUUGUGUCCAGUUCAUGGACAAACUAUCGAACUCAUACGCUUCAAUUAUGGGAUUGAGACAAGACUUGAACAUGAAAGGCGAUCAGUACUCGUGGACCGGUACAGCCUUCUACAUCGGCUAUCUCGCUUUUGAGUUUCCUUGCGCAUAUGCUUUGCAACGGUUUCCCGUCGUCACCACCGUAUCUGUCUUCAUUGUGAUCUGGGGCGUCAUUUUAUGCUUGCACUCUGUGACAAAUUACGCUGGCUUUAUUGCUUUGAGAACCCUUCUUGGGGCUCUUGAAUCGUCCGUGACGCCUGCUUUCGUUAUCGUCACCGCUCAAUGGUACAAGAAAGAGGAGGUUUUCUUGAGAACAUCUAUCUGGUUUUCCUUCAACGGUAUGGGCCUGAUCAUUGGUUCUGGUGCAAUUGCAUAUAACCUUUUCCAGAAUAUGGAGAGUUAUAGCAUUGAAGCUUGGAAGUUGAUUUUCAUCAUCACCGGAGUUAUCACGAUUGCAUUGGGUAUUGCUAUAUUUCUCCAUAUCCCCAAUAAACCAACCGAAGCAUGGUUUCUCAAUGAAACUGACAAGAGGAAUGUUGUUGAGAGAAUCAGAGCCAACCAACAAGGUUUCGGAAACAAGCAUUUCAAGAAAUACCAGCUUAUCGAGGCAUUGACUGACAUCAAAAUUUGGCUUUUCAGUCUUAUGAUUCUCUCAGCCAACAUACCAAACGGUGGUUUAACCAAUUUUGGGUCUAUCUUGCUUAAUGAAUCUUUUGGAUACGGCGUUGGCAAGUCGUUAAAGAUGCAAAUGAUUCCCGGAGCAGUCCAGCUUGUUGGUUGUAUUGGGUUCGCUUACAUGUACCGUUUUUUCCCUAACAGGCUAUUUUGGGCAAGUUCUUCCAACGGUGUUGCCAUAAUCGGUGUGUGCUUGUUGGCCUUUGCUGAAUCCAAAGAAGCACAGUUCGCGGGUUACGUUCUUUUCAAUUUGAUUGCCCUUGUCAUGAUCUGUGGUCUUUCUUCAUUUGCGUCCAACGUGGCAGGUCAUACCAAAAAAGUGGUUGGAAAUGCAAUGUUCUUAAUCGCCUACUGCGUUGGGAAUUUAGUCGGUCCACAGACAUUCAGGCAAAGCGACGCCCCCAACUACAAUGGCGCAAAGAUUGCAAUGGUUGUAUGUUCAGUGGCGAGCUUUGUAUUCCUUUUAGCAAUUUGGGCUCUUAUGCUUAUUGAGAACAGGAGGAGAGAUAAGGCAAAGGAUCAGGAGGAGUUUGCACGGAUAGAGAAUCACGAGUUCGCUGAUUUGACCGAUAAAGAGAACCCUCUUUUUAGAUAUACUAUAUAA